CCCAACCCUCCCAACGCGUCAUCACCCCCAAAACCGUUACAUGUAAAAGCCGCCGUCUCCUACGCUCCCGGAAUUCCUGAAUUCCGGCCGAAGCCUCUGCAUCGUUUCACCGUCUCUGUUCCGCAUCAGCUAUUCACCUCAGCUCGGCUCACCUUCCGAUUAGUCCGAGGGACACGAGAGAAAAGAAAGGAAAUGGAAACUUCGCCGAUUCUUUACCUCCCGCAGGACACACUCCAUCAGGUCUUCUCCUACCUUCCACUCCAUCAGAUCUUAAUCUCCCGUUCCGUCUGUAAAUUCUUCAACCAGACGCUGACGUCACCAUCCUUCCUACAUCUUCUCUCCCUCCGACCACCCCUCCGUCUCAUCGCUCUCCGCCCUUCAUCUCACCAUCAUCACCACCACCACCCCAACCGCCACGUGUCUUCCCGACCCCUUCUCCCGGUCUUCGACCCCGACCAAAACCACUGGAUCAGGUUCCCCCUUGACUUCCUCCCCUUCAGGUCUCCCAUCGCCGUCGCUUCUUCUCUCGGACUCGUCUACCUAUGGGCUGACUCUCCCGAUUCCUGCAAAUCUCUCGUCCUCUGCAAUCCGUUGACUCGUCAGUUCCGAGUCUUACCCCCGCUGGGCUCCGCGUGGUCUCGCCACGGCACCGUCCUGGUUGGAAGCGCUGGCCGUGUCCUGGUUCUUACUGAACUCGCUGCUCUCUACUUCUCCGGCACGGGAUCAUGGCUCAAAUUCUCUUCCAAUUUGGCUUCCAAACCUCGGAGCCCGAUUCUGGUCUCCGACUCGGUUUUCGCACUCUGCGACGUUGGAACUCCGUGGCGGAGCCAGUGGAAGCUGUUCUCGUGCACGCUUGCUGAGCUUGUGAAGUCGCAGGGUUGGAAUCGAUUGGAGAGACACGAAUGGGGCGACGUGUUUGAUAUACUGAAGAGGCCCCGGCUUGUUAGGGCCUCGGGGAAUCGAAUUCUGAUGGUGGGUGGGCUAAAGUCGUCUUUCUCUUUGAAUGCUUCGUGUUCGACGAUUUUGAUUUUGAAGUUAGAUUUGGAUACGUUGGAGUGGGAUGAGGCAGGUCGAAUGCCGGCCGAAAUGUUCCGGUGUUUUCAAGAGUCCAGUAAGUUUAAGGUGUUUGGAGGUGGGGAUCGUGUGUGCUUCUCUGCGAGAAGAGUGGGGAGAUUGGCCAUGUGGAAUUGUUCUUCCGAAGGUGGGAAGGGGGAAUGGAAAUGGAUUGAUGGGGUCCCGGGGAAUGGGGAUGGCCUACUUAGGGGGUUUGUGUUUGAAGCUCGACUCGCAGCCAUGUCGUGAUGGAUCCAUGGUUUCAUCUUCUCAUGUCUCGGUAGACUGGUAUGUAGGCAAAAUUUGAUUGCUUAUUGCCUCCAAUAUGAUAAUUUCUGAUGAUUUUUCAUUGAUCCAGACUCUUAACUUAUUCAGAAGAGCUGCAUGCAAUUGCACAUUGAUUCAGAAAUUCUCAUCCUUCAAUGUUUUAACAUGUUAUUGUUGCUAAUUUGUAUAUCUAAUUCUGGCACAAGCAACUGAAUUUCAAUCAAACACCUUUAAUGAGGAUCAAUGGAAACUUAUGAUUGUAAAGGCACUUU